UCAAUCUCGAAAAAAGCAAAUCCAGGAAAUACCUAUUUGUUUACACCGCUUCUGGGAAGCUCUUUUCGUGUUUUAUAGUGAAAUAGUGAUCCAAAUUGUUAGCAAAACGAAAUAAAUGAUUACAGCCACUCCUCAACCUCCACCACAAGUGAUGGGCGAAGACGGCCUCGGUCCGGUCCGGCUGCCAGUGGACAGAGAAACGCAUCAGUUCGAUGACUGGACCAUCGGGUACACCAAAUCACACAUUCUCAAAAGUGUUUGCGUAAACGACAACCGCUGCGUUGCCGGGGAGGAAGGAUGCUGCGAGCUGUGCGUGUACUAUUUCACCCUGGAGAUACCUCACCUGCCCGACAUGGUCUUCCACCGGAAUGUGCUUCGCGUAACUCACACAUCCGGGGCGCAGCUAGAAUUCAAUCCUAUCGACGCACUGAAGCUGGUGCGCAACGGAAAGCUCGAUCUAAAGGUGGCCUGUUCGGAGGAAUGGCGUGAAAGCCGCCCAGAAGCAGCACACACCACCGACAAGGUAAAACACUUCGACUGGACGUUCUCGACCGAGUACUCCGGCACGACCAACGAGCGAUUUGCGGUGGAACCCACUGACCAGCGGAUCGACAUGUUCAAGCUGAUGCGCCGGGAACCGAUUCUGUUCUACCACGAUUUGACCCUGUUCGAGGAUGAACUGCAUGACCACGGCAUUUCGUUGCUGUCGGUGAAGGUGCGCGUCAUGCCGUCCGGCUUUUACAUCCUGCUGCGGUUCUUCCUGCGAGUGGACGGUGUACUGAUUCGUAUGAACGACACCCGCUUUCACUAUGAGAAAGGCAACGACUACAUUCUGAAAGAGUUUACGCACCGUGAGGCAAAGGUGGAGCAGCUGAAGCAGGUCCCACCGGCGCUUUUUACCAACCCCAACGAAAUAGUCGAACACUUGCCCGUCAUCAGAAAGGUGAGCGAGAAACUUACCAUCGUCAAAUCGGAAUAGGAGCGGUCCACCUCCGGAGAGAAUCUACAACCGACCGGUUCCUAUUCCUACGAUGGAUAUGAAACAGUGUUCACAUACCGGUUCGAGGUAGACUUCUUGUGAUUCUGUAUUUCAGUAACGUCAUAUUUUACACGAAAAAUAAAUACUGGUACU